UCAUCGACAAAUGUAACAAUUUUACGGAAAUUCGCGAUGGGAUCCAAACCGGCACACUCUCUUGGCGUCAGACCGUCGAAGGGGUUCUGGCUCUUGCCGUGUCUGUUUACAUUGGCGCUCGUCGGGAGCCGAGGCGAGGAGAGCACCGCUAUGGACAACGUUGCAACUGAGAGGAUGGCUGAGGAGAGCCACCGACAAGACAGUGCCAAUCUCCUUAUAUUUAUAAUGCUCUUAACUCUGACCAUUUUAACUAUAUGGUUGUUCAAGCACCGGCGAUUCAGGUUCCUACACGAAACAGGGCUCGCCAUGAUCUACGGACUGUUUGUGGGUGUGAUCCUGCGGUUUGGGGUCCAUGUGCCCCAGAACAUGAGCGACGUGACCCUGGGCUGUGCUCUCAAUGCCAGUCCUGCUACACUGCUGGUCAAUGUCAGCGGGAGAUACUUUGAGUACACUCUCAAGGGAGAAGUCAGCCGGGGCAAGGGCCACCAAGUGCAGGAUGAUGAGAUGCUGAGAAAGGUGACCUUUGACCCAGAAGUGUUUUUCAACAUUUUGCUGCCUCCCAUCAUCUUCCAUGCUGGUUACAGUUUAAAAAGGAGGCACUUCUUUAGGAACAUUGGCUCCAUCCUGACCUACGCUUUCAUGGGAACAGUCAUAUCAUGUUUUGUUAUUGGGUUGACCAUGUAUGGCUUUGUAUCCUUCAUGAAAGCUAUUGGCCAGCUGGGGGGAGAUUUUUACUUCACUGACUGCCUCUUCUUUGGGGCAAUCGUCUCGGCAACAGAUCCAGUGACGGUGCUGGCUAUCUUCAAUGAGUUGAAGGUGGAUGUGGACCUGUAUGCUCUGCUUUUUGGGGAGAGUGUGCUCAAUGACGCAGUGGCCAUUGUCCUCUCCUCCUCCAUCGUGGCCUACCAGCCUGCGGGGGACAACAGCCACAGCUUUGAGGCCAUGGCCAUGUUGAAAUCCUUUGGCAUCUUCCUCGGAGUCUUCAGUGGGUCCUUUGCUCUUGGAGUGGCCACUGGUGUCAUGACUGCUCUCGUGACUAAGUUCACCAAGCUGAGGGACUUCCCCCUACUGGAGACUGCUCUCUUUUUCCUUAUGUCCUGGAGCACCUUCCUACUGGCAGAGGCCUGUGGUUUCACUGGUGUGGUGGCGGUGCUGUUCUGUGGGAUGACCCAAGCUCACUACACUUACAACAAUCUUUCCCCUGACUCUCAGGACAGGACCAAACAGUUGUUUGAGCUGCUCAACUUCCUGGCGGAGAACUUCAUCUUCUCUUACAUGGGACUGACUCUCUUCUCCUUCCAGUCGCAUGUCUUCAAUCCUUUGUUUAUUAUUGGUGCUUUUGUGGCAGUAUUUCUUGGCAGGGCUGCAAAUAUCUAUCCCCUGUCCUUCCUGCUCAACCUUGGACGAAGGAACAAGAUCGGGUCCAACUUCCAGCAUGUCAUGAUGUUUGCAGGUCUGCGUGGGGCCAUGACCUUUGCCCUUUCGAUCCGUGACACAGCGACGUACGCCCGUCAGAUGAUGUUCUCAACUACCCUCCUUAUUGUCUUCUUUACUGUCUGGAUCUGUGGUGGGGGCACCACCCCCAUGUUGUCCUUCAUGAGCAUACCAGUGGGUGUUGACUCAGAUCAGGAGAAUUCUGUGACAAUGCUGGAUGGAUCCCAGCAGAGGGACACUAAACAUGAGAGCGCCUGGCCGUUCAGGAUCUGGUACAACUUUGACCACAAUUACCUGAAGCCUUUGUUGACCCAUAGCGGCCCACCUCUCACUGCUACGCUACCUACUUGUUGUGGACCGCUGGCACGAUGCCUUACCAGCCCGCAGGCCUAUGAGAAUGAAGGCCAACUCCACAAUGAUGACGAGUCUGACAUCAUCCUGAAUGACGCCAAUGUCAGCUCCAUGUACGCCGACGUCACAGUCAGCACUGAUGUGUCUGGAUCCCGCACUGUCAACCGCAAGCGUACCAGCAUCGAGGGAGGCCCGUCCGAUGAUGGCCUGGAUCAGGAGCUUGGCAUCGGGGAACAUGAGCUGGUGAUCAGGGGCACCCGCCUUGUUCUCCCCAUGGACGAUCCAGUGGACCCCCCGAUCACAGUCACCCUGCCCCCACCACCAUCCCCGCCAUACUCCGACCCUCACAGACGCAGACUAUAA